AUGGCCGACUCUUACACUUCCAGCUUUUUGGGGGGCCAAAACAGCAGCUCUUCAACCACCAGUGCGUGGAACAUCACCGGCAGCGGCCCGUGGUUGUUGGCCUUCAUGCUCACAGUCAUCAUCCUCAUGACAAUUUGUGGCAACGUGCUGCUGAUUGCGUUGGUGUUUGCUCAUCGCUCUUUACGUUGUACAUCAAACUGUUUCCUGGUGUCUCUGUUCCUGUCUGACCUGAUGGUGGCCCUUGUGGUCAUGCCCCCUGCCAUGCUUAACGUCCUGUGUGGGGCCUGGGUGUUGUGGCCCGCCUUUUGCCCAAUUUGGCUUUGCUUUGACGUCAUGUGUUGCAGUGCCUCCAUCCUCAACCUGUGUGUGAUCAGCCUGGACCGCUACCUCUUUAUCAUCUCGCCUCUGCGCUACAAGCAGAGGAUGACCCCACCUCGGGCGUUACUCCUGGUAGGAGCUGCUUGGGGUUUGGCAGCUCUGGCCUCUUUCCUACCCAUAGAGAUGAGAUGGCACAGCUUAGGCCACUGGAGUGGACACUCAUCAGCUCCUGGUUUUAGCAGUAGCAACACCAGCUCUUAUUCAGACACACUUUACCCAGCCUCCUACUUUCAGCUGCCACCAUCAGGAGGCCUUUCCUUCCAGUGCCGCCUAAGAGUCACUCUUCCCUUUGCCCUGGUGGCAUCUGUACUCACUUUCUUUUUGCCCUCCAGUGCAAUUUGCUUCACCUACUGCCGGAUUCUCCUGGCAGCAAGAAGGCAAGCAAAGAGAGUCGCAGCACUGAGCCACCCACCUCACCCCCAUCCUUCAUUAGGCGAACCAUCCAGGCCUCCUUCACCUGGGAUGGCAGCUGGGUUAGCUCAACAGGAUGGAGAUGACUGCAGCCACCAGGAGCCUCCUGUGUCUCAAAAUGUACCGGUAAGGAACAAGUAGCUAACAAGUGGUGUCAAAAAUCAAAGUCGAUAUGGAAGUGUCUAAGCGAGGAUAAGAUUGAGUCUCAUUUUGUAACAUCAGAUCCACUCUGAUCUCAAGGCAGAAACCUUGAGCCGAACCAGAUUCAUGUUAGAGAGUCAUCUGCUGCUACUGUAUUUGGCUUAGAGAGGGAUAGAGAGAGUUGCAGAAAUAGAGGGAUAGACAGCAAUAAUAGAACAUACAGACUAGGGCUGGGAUGAUAUGCCUUUAUCCUGAUUAGAUUCUUCUAUGAUUUUUUGGAUGCCGAUUUGAUUUAAAUUGUGAUUCUACGAUAUUGUCAAUUUUCUCAAUUUUUAGUCUGCAUUUUUAACACCAGUGAAACAGUUGAAUGAUUGUGAUUGUCUACUGACUAUUCCAGGAACCAUAUUUCCCCCCAAAAUACACAUCACAUGUAAGUCAGUUUUUUAAAUUCAUUUUUAGAUUUGGAAAAGAAAAAAAACAUUUUUGAACAAGAAAAACCAAUUUAAAGAUUGUAAAACUAAAAAUUGUGAUACUUAAGUGAAUCGAUUUUUUUCAGAUUACAGAUUACAGAGCAAAAACAAUGCAAUGCGAUGCAUGUAUGUGCACCUAAGGAACACCACAUUGAAAACCAUAGAAAGUCAACAGGUCUGUGGUAAUAUCAUAGCAGCAAAAGAAUUUGUAAAGAAAUGGGGGUUGAAUUACAUCACUUAAAGCAGAAAGGGUCAAAAAGUUCUACAAUUAACAUUAGCUUUGAAACACUUUGAAACUAUGAGACUGAUGCAUGUAGUUGAAGCAGCUGGAAAAGCAGGUCGGUCCACAGCAGCAGGACGUCUGCAGCAGUGAUCCAGAGGAACCUACGGGAUGAGGGAGCUCAGUGUUCACUAAAAAAGAAAAUUAGAAAAUUAAACUUAUUUAAAUGUGUUCAUAACAUCUAAAGUUAAAUCCAUUAUAAAUAUGAAUAGACUAGUAAUUAAGUGUCACAGCUAUCUGUGCCUGGAGGCCACUUUAAAGGUACAGUGGGAAGAAGUAGUUUAGGAGCUUUGAGCAAAACAGACUGCAGUUCCUCAAGUGCCCCCUUUGAGCUUGUUCAAGAUGUACCAGAGGCCACACAAACCAUUCAUAAAGGCAAAAAUAGAUAUGUUCCCAGCCCGGCACAUUCUUAGUCUGAGAAGCAGACUUCUUUUCUGUCCUAAUAGAAUGUUAAGUGGAAUUGACAUUUCCAAUAUGGCAAUAAUCAUCCUUGGACUGUGUAAUGGCUCUUCAGAUGCUAACUACAUAGAUGAUUUAUACAACCUGCAGUGAGAAGAGGGGAACAAAGACUACAGCAAACCAGCUGAGGUGAACGAUUUCAGUUUCUAGAACAGUUCCCAAAGAAGUCAGACUGUUACGCUUGUUUCUAAAAUAGUCGACUGGCCUUUAAAGUUGAGCAGAACUUAAUGACAGUCAGAGCUGAAAAGGUUGUGAGAGGAGAAAAUAACACAAGUAUCAUAACUAAAUCACACUUGUCCGCCUUUUUGUAAGAAUUUUCAGGCUUGUUACAUCCUUUGACAUUUUGAAGGUUUUACACAACGCUGUGCAUAACUGCUCCUCAAAUACCAAUUAUGCCGUCGAAAUCCACUUUUGAGUUCAAUAUCAUCUGAGUGCAGCAAUUACCUCCUGGAGAUUUUGUUUUUAUGAUUAUGAGCUGCUGCUGAUUUCUUAUGUUUGAGCCCACAGGAAAGCAGCUGGAAAGCCAAUUUGAUCUAUAUUUUUCCUCUUUCUGAGACUGACAGCACAUUUUGAGUCUAGAGUCAGAGCACUUUUCUGAUUUGCUUGAUUAUAAAAGCACCAGAGAGUUCACCUGAGUGCAAAUACAUCUAAGAUUAUGUCUGAAUUAGCCCACACCAUUCCAGCAUUUCAGGCAAACUGUUGAAUCCUCCAUUACUUGGAGAAAACAGUGCAGGUGUUCACACACUUGUGUCAUGAAAUGCCAGUUAAAGGUUCCGUUUCUUAACAAAGAGGACUGGAUGAAGGUUUGCAAAGGUUAGUCAGAAAAGAGAGGGGAUGUGGAAGGCUGGUGUAACACUCCAUGCCGCUGAGUACAAACCUAAUACAACCGACAAUGUAAACACAAAUCUCUUACUGUAGGACAAAAGAAGGAAGAAAUUCCUUUAUUUUGAAGGUUCAUUUGUUGAUAUGAGGAUGCGUAAGGAACCAGAUCUCAGAAACAUGGACUCACUACCCCACUUCAAAUCAAAACUCAAAACACAUCUGUUCCAAAUUGCAUAUUCCCCUUUAACUGUCCAUUUCCAUACCUGUAUAUUGUUUUUAUUUAUUUUAACUGUGUUUUAACUGUGUUCUUAAUGCCUGUACAGUGUCCUUGGGUGUCCAGAAAGGCGCUUUUAAAUAAAAUGUAUUAUUAUUAUUAGAAGAACUUAAGACUUUUUUACUCCAGCUAGUUCAUGAUUUGAGGCAGAGAUGUCUUUUCUUUUUCAUCACAAGUUAACUAAAGAAUGUGUGAGAGAAAAAUGAAGAGGUGGUGAAAGGGAAGAAGUCUAAACCUGUGCUGAAAGCUCAGAGAAAAUUACAGACAGUGUGCCUGUGAUGUACUGCCCUUGUCCGAAAAGGUCACAGCCACAUCGUCUCAUCGUCUGUCGCAUCCACCUGCAGUAAAAUCACACACACUCUACAGCAGUCACUUCUGAUUUUAUAAUCAGAGAAUCUCAUUAGCUGUAACCCCUUGACACUUUGUUGUUCCAUUAAGCAGCUUUUAAUCCUGUCAUUAUUUUCAUUCAUAAUAAUUAUUCAGCAUCAGUCUCUGAAACCAGGCAGAACUCACACUGGGAGAAAUCUUUUAACCGGUUCAGCUGCAGUAGUAAAAGUAAAAGGGUUUUCUGGAGGUCCUUGAAAUAAAAAUAAAGCCUGAAAAUGUUUUUGAUGGGCUAUUCAAGAAAUCUCAUUAAAGUUUAAGAUCAAAUUUUGAGGCCUUCCAGCAUCUUUCUAUCUGAGUGAGUUUGGUAUGACUGACCCAUAACGUUUUACCUUAAACAUCUUUAACUGUGAAAUAUGGGCGCUGAUUGUAAAACUGCACCUGUAUUGUACCACAUUUUUUUCUAUAGUUAUUGUUAUUUUAUGCUUACACUUAACAGCAUGAAUUGUUUCCCCUGCUGUUUCCUGUUUACAGCCAUCAGUGACCAGUGAGCGACGUCUGGCUCAUCGGCAAGGACGUAGGGCACUGAAGGCCAGUCUGACGCUGGGAGUCCUCCUGGGACUUUUCUUCAGUGCUUGGCUUCCUUUUUUCAUUACUAACAUGGCUCAGGUGAGAACAGGAAGCAGACACUCUCUUCACAGCUUGACACAGUAAAAAAGCAGGUGAAGAGAGACUGGAAAAUUUGGCUAAUAUGCAACUGCUGUAAACUGUAGUUCUCUGAAUGGCCACCAGGGGCUGGCUCCAAAAGUGAGUCUUUCCCAUCUGACUCUAUAUUAAUGUGGAUAAUUAAUGCUCAGAGAGCCAAAUUCUCAAAGUGAUGGGUUAACUGUGUUCAACACUUUUGCAGUCUAUUGUAGAAACAUGAUAUGUGUCCAUCUAGUGUGCAACACAAGUCAUGGUUGGUAAAAUAUAAGAAUGAGCUCAAAAGGAGUGAUAAGCCCAAAUUUAUCCAGGCUGCUUUAACUCGUGUGUAUCUGGGGUUAAAAAGAUUUAAAGUACCAUUUACAAACAAAGGCUCAGCUUGAUUUUCCUUUUUAAAUUGCCUACCUGAUGCAUAUGUAAGUGUCUCAUUGUUUCGAAGGGCACUAAAACAGGAAAAUGUAAAUGUAUGACAUAAUGAAAAUGAAGAAAGAAAAAAACAACACUUGGAUACUGGUCUAUUUUUGUAAUGGCCAGCCUUGGCGUCACAUCCUUGCCAAGGAUCCAACAAAGAAAUAGACUGGCAUUUCAGCUUUGUGUAGCUGACUCAUACCAAAACCAGGAAAACAACAAACACUGAUGUGCCAUUUAUAAUAGGUACAUUUUUUUUUUUAGGUUGUUGAUUUUGAUCUGAUAAGAUAGCUUUACACUCAUUACUCAGCGGACAGACAUCAGGGGGCACAAAAAACCUGGGCGAGAGUAAAUGAAUGUCAAAAAACAGCUUCAUCUAAAUUGGUAAUGACACUUGUCCUGUUUUUCAAGCUUUCAAUGAUCCAGUCAUUUUGAUUUCCCAUCUGUGCCCUCUUGCCUCUCCCCUGCACCGCACAGAGCACAGAGACUCGACUGUGUCUGCUCUCUCCCUCCCUUUCACACUCAAUGUGGUGUGUGAAACGCUCCCUCCUUUUCUGUCUUCUUCCCACCGCCUCCCCGUCUCAUCUUGAUAGUAUUGGAAGAUCUCUAACAGCUGUCACCUCCUUCAAUGUUCUUAUCUAAACCUCAUCUUAAUCCGACUGUCCAAUGUCAACAGUUUAAACAGCAACAAAAAACCUUGAGUUUAGGAGCUCUGUUAAGGGAAAAUAAAGGAGAUGGUUUCUUAUUUCAAAGCACUAGAGGAAAAAACCUUAAUGUAUAAUGUUGUUUUUUCCUGAAGCAACCCAAAAUAAGAGAGGGAGUAAAUGAAAACACCACGUAAAUAUGUCCUAUAGAUUAUGAAUGAAUGAAUAAUGGCUACAUGUACCAAUUUAUCCAAAAAGUAAAACAUUUGUUGCUUUUUAUUUUCUUUUCAUGUAGAAAAUCCUAUAAAUGCAGCUUGAUUUGGGUAUAGAUUAUGCAAAACACAACCCUCACAGUCUGAGACAAAUCCUUGAUAUGUAUUGUAUAGAUUUUGUGAAUAAUUGUUCGACUGUCCUGGUUUCAUUUUGUUGAAUUAUAGCUGAAAAUAGUUUACACAUUUUGCCUAAAAGGGUUUUAAUGUAUAGAAAAUAACAAUAUGAAUAUAUAGCGUUGCACUGUAUAAUUUUUUCUGGGCUAAGAAAUGUGCUGAUAGCAUUUCUUAUUUUACUGUGCGUCAGUAUUGCAUCAGACAAAUGCUCAUAAUUAUGUGUCCUUGUGCGCAGUUACAUUCACAAUUGCAACUGUAAUCAUCUCCAGGCACACAUACUCUUUUUUUUUAACAAAAAAUGUGGAAAAGCAUCAGCUAAGAUUACAUUCAAAUUCAUCUACUAACAUUCAAGAUAAUAGUAAGAUAAUAUUACAGAGAUGAGAUAAUAUUCAAGUUAAUAAUGUCCAAUAUUGCAAAGGAGGCUACAGUAUACUCUCCAUGACUUCUCUCUACACUGUAUGACUUUAUCAUGUUUUCUAUCCAUUUGUUUUCUCUCCCUGUUUUAUUUCUGCUAUCACUGUUUUUGACCAGACUGUUGAUCUGAUGCCCAGUCCUUACAUUUCCUCUUACUGUCCUCUUUUAGGCGGUGUGCGAAUGCAUCCCUCUCGCACUCUUUGACGCCAUCACCUGGCUGGGAUACUGCAACAGCACGAUGAACCCCAUCAUCUACCCGCUCUUCAUGAGAGACUUUAAGCGGGCACUGGGGAAGGUCCUGCCCUGCUGUUUCUCCCGGUCAGUGAGAAGACCCUCACCGGCGCUCUCCCUCUCUCUCAGAAACUCAGGAGAGCCAAACAUUGCCAGCAGCCCCCCCUCUCCGUUGGCCUCUGACCCCACACACCCACCUGCCACUGCCACCGAUGCUGUCAACCUGCUGGACGCUGAACAUGCUGGCAUGGAGCUGCCUCUGCUGCUGCCUAACCAGGUGGACAGCCUGGACUGA